UUUCCAGUUUCUGUGCUACAUCAGUGCGUUCAACCGCGUGGCUUUGUAUAUAAGAAGAGUACCACGUGUUUUUGGAGGAUAUGUUUCAAAGAGCUUUGUGUUGGUGUUUAUCAGAAUAGCUACUGGAUACGUUAAUGUCAGCAGAUGAUAUGAGAGCCUUGACAGGAUUUUGCCUUCUGAUCGCAUAUGUUGCGGCUUCUGGGACUCAAGCUCUUUUCACAGAUUCACUAAAAUCUACGCUUCCAAAAGCCAAAUCAGAAACGUUGCUGGCUGAAGCAACAGAAGAAGAUCCAGUUAAGUACGUAGAGCAGCAAGAUACAAAGCAACAGCAAGAUGAAAAGUUACAAGAAGAUAUAAAAGAAGAAAUACACCAGAGAUCGGCUCCUCGACAGUCUUUGCUGGCAGAAGACUACGAGGAGGUCAAGUAUGGGAAUGAAGAGAAACAGGUUCCUCAAUCAUAUCAGUUUGGAUUUGAAGUUCAAGACCAUAAAGAGGGCCAUCAAUUCCGGCAUGAACGAAAGGAUGCAGCGGGAAAUGUCCAAGGUCGAUUUGGUUAUCGCGAUAGCAAGGGGCAAUACCGUCAAGUAGAAUACAUCGCAGAUGACUUUGGCUUUCGGGCAAACGUAAAAACGAAUGAAGCAGGUGUUGCUAAUGAAGAUCCUGCAGAUGUUGGCAUUCAGAAAAGUCAGGAUUUGACACUCCAUGCCCAAGUUGCAGCUUCUGGAGCCAGUUAUCCUACAGGUGAUGUAACUAUACACAAGGAUGCUACAGAUAACAAAGUUAAUCUUCAACCUCCACAGACACUCAUAAAUGACGAACCACACAGUGAAGAGACACGCUACGGUUUGAAGCAUUCACCUCAUCCUCAACAUUAUUUGAGUCCGGAGGCAAACCCAUCUUCCAGUGAACCGGAUGAGGAAUACUAUUAUACUAAAAUCAACAAACAAUUACGAAACAAAAAUGCCUCACCAGCUGUCGUAUACAGGCAUUUUUUCAAGAAACAUGUACCUCGACGCGAAAAUACAAUUCCAAUACAUAAAUAUCCAAUUGAUUUUAGCGAUACUACAUCUAAUCACCGACCGUACGGAAGCCAAUUAGAAACUUUUUCUCCACCCACAAAUCAACGUUAUCAUCAUGAAAAUGAAGAUUAUAACUACGGAAAUGAAAAACGUCCUCAGAUAGUUUACCAACAGUAUGAGCAGGGAAAUCAUCCACAUAAUGAAAUGGAUGAAAUUCGUGGUAAUUUCGACGAAAAUGAAGGGGGAGCAGAAAUAAAACACGAAGCCCCGCUUUUAGUAGAACCUGAAUUUUAUGAAAUAUUUAAGAAUUCAGCCAAUGACGCAGACUUUCCGUACCCCAACGAGAAAGGUAAGUUAAUUUUAAUUCAAGCAGAUAAAAUAAAAUACAAUACUGAUCUUCCACAACAGGAUAAUAAACAAGGUGUACCGUACCCUGGCCAAACAGCUAUCUUUAUAAAGCAUAAGAAAGAAGAAGAAUCUAAUUAUGGAGACAGACAGUAUGGAUUUUAUAAGAACAGUGAUUUUUUUAACGGAAAUAAGCAACCAAAUCUUUUAGGUUAUAAUAAUAAUAAUAAUAAUAAUAAUAAUAAUAAUAAAAGUCCUACCCCAAACCAAAUGAAGUAUGGUGCACGAUAUAUUUCUCGAGAUGUGCCUCCAACUCAAAUAUUACAAAAAGCUGUACAUCAAUCCGGUCCUCAACUUCGUUACAUAAAUAAAGCAGAUGCCCACAGUAAACCUUCGUAUAAACCCGAUUCUAACAAAGAAGCAGAAAUCCGUAUAGGUGCUAAACCUUAUAAUGAGAAGUUAGAAAAUUAUCCAAAAAAUUUACCUUUAAGUGUUUUGCAACAGCAUAAUACAGAAGCACCAACUCAAAACCAGGAGCAAUUUCCAUUGCAACAAGCAAUAUUAGAGAUUGAUGCUGAUGUUUAUAAGCAACUAAUUGAAAGCAAAGCUCCAGGUCAGCGUAUCGUCGCGAUACCCUAUAAUGGUCAGAGUCAUAAUUAUGGCGAUCGUGCUUCAUCGAUUCCAGUUGUGCUUGACAAAAAUGCAUUCCCAUUAAAACCACAUGGGAUUUUACAUCUUCCAGUAAACCAUAAUGAUGCACAACAUACUCAUCAACAGCAAAAUAAUAUGGUUCCCUUAGAGAAGCUUAAACGCCCAGCUGCUAUCGUUCUGCAUAUAGCUCAUGGACAAAAUAUAGAUUUUAUGUCUAACAAAGCACCGCAUAAAGAAGACAUUUCUCUCGGAAAAGAUCAUGUCAGUUAUAAACUAAGUCAACCUCAUAUUGAUACAUUUCAAAAAUCUGAAAAGGAAACUAUCAAGACUCGGGACUAUUCAAAAUCUAAGUGGAUACCUAUAACACCUUUAUGGAACCAGAUACGAAGGCAAUCCAAACAAGAUGGAACUUCAUCUGCAUCAAGUGCUCAUAAUGUCCAAUAUAUCUCGAAUUUGCCUAGAUCAGACUCUUCUGUACAUAAAUUGUCAACCAAGAAGCCUCAGAAUAACAGUACUCCAGGAGGACAGCGUGUAUUUUGGGAUAGUGAAACAAAAUGAAGAUUAACGAAAAACUGACUUCACCAUCUCUUUCUGAAAUGUGCUUCGAAAUACAAUAUUGCACAUGGAAUUGAUUGUAAAACUUUAGCUUUUGUUGUUCGCAUUGAAAGAAAUACGAGCUAAAUAGUAGAUAAGAUAAUCUUGCUCAUUGAAACCUCCUUCUCAUUAAGAAAGAGAAGACGUUUCUGCACAAAGAACACAUCUUGGUUUUUAGAACAGAGUUUUAUGUCAUGCUGUGAAGUUAAUCUGCAACAGAACGGAGAAAAAAGAAUUUGGUUAAAUUCAGUUCAAGAACGUGUUUUCUCUUAAAUCUUUCAAGAAAUUCCAAAGCAUUUUGUUUUGUUUAUUGAAGAACGCUUUAAUGGGACAAGAGUAACGUUGGUGUGUCUCAUACGGCUGGUGGUACAGUUAGUUUCAAAGCUAAUAGGGAUUUGAAGUACUUUUAUAGCAUGAUUUUUUAUCAAAAUUACAGAACACAUAGGUUAGUAAGACUAAUGAUGAGCGUAUCAUUUGACAAUAAUAUAGAGACGUGUCGGAUAUAAACAAACAUUCUCUGCAUAUGAGUAAAUAAAAACUCUUGCAUCAAACUGAGUGAAAUAAGAGAAGCUAAAGCAUUAGGUAUGUACGGAAUGCGUUGUCUUGCCUACGGUUCCAAGAACACUAAGACUUCAUCUGUUUUAAAGCACUUUUAAUACAAAGGGAGAUAACUAUAGGAUAAUAAUAAAUAAUAAAAACCAAAACACUAUGCCUGCAAUUAAGAAAACUGUGCGAAAAGUUAUUGUUAAUAAUGCAGGGUUUGGAAAGUAUUCAUAAACAUCUUUUCAGAUCUUAAUUAAUUUAAAGGGAUUCAUGUGAUGAUUAACUGUAAGAAAAUGCAAUAGUCUACUUUAAAAUCGUCACUGAAAACCAAAUUUCAAUUCUUAAAGUGAUUUACACUUUUGUGAGAUUUUUAUGUACAUAUUUGUUUUAGUGUCUGUGAUUUUCAAAUAAAAAUAUAUUACGUCAUGGAUAA